AUGUGGGUUGUCUUUCUGUUGCACGGCAGCCUCGGAAAUGAGGUGGUUGGUGAACACAAGGUCUCCUGGGGCAAGUGCAAAAUAGGAGCGUUGUUCUCAAGGGGCCCCUCUGGACCAGAGGGUGUGGGUUCCUUGAGCAGCAUGUGCUCCUUAGAGCUUCUUAAUCCUGCUGGAAGCACUCAAGUUUUGGAGAGAGUGAGGCUCAACCUGUUGGGAGUUUGGGGCCAUGACAACAAACACUCCACCCCUUUUCCUAGACAAAUUUGGAAGAAUAGAAACAGUUGUUCACAGCGGAAGAGAGAAAACAAGUGCAUACUCUUCUCACUUUCAUUGAUGCAUUCAGAGAAUGAGCAAUGA